UUCACAGUGCAAAGUGUUGUUUGACGUUGUAAGUGGUUUUGCGGGAACAGCGCGCACUUUAUAUAGCUAGCUAAUGCUAGCUAUAAAUCGUUGCUUUAUUUAAUUAGACCUCGUUUCAGGAUAGAUUUCGAAACGAUUUCAUUUUGUUAUUUGUUGUUGAUGUCACCAAGCUGACAUAUUUUGCGGUAAUCUUACCGUUUAGUUGUGGUCAACGAAAAAUCAAACGAAGUCGGGGGGAAAACUCAUGCUAACUAGCUAGCUAAUCAAUUUUUAGUUUGUUUGCUGUAGUAGCUAGCACGCUAGCUAAAUUGACUGUAAAUACUGAAUGCGCAGCUUAGUUUAUUUGUUACAUCGUUUAUAAAUUGAUAUAUUUUAGCCAUAUAAUUACUUAUUAAAUCAGUCUGAUUACGGCUUACGUGCACUUUUACCUCCGACUGAUUUCCAAGAGGGACUAACUCGUUAUCAAACAGUUUAACGUGAUACAUUGUUAGUACCUAGCGUCAAUGUCUGAUUUAAAUAAAAACUACUUGUAAACAAGCGAUGCUUGGAGUCAUGUCAGAUCACCAAGACCCUGUACGAAAAUGCAAAACGGAGGCAUUGCCCCCAGAAAAGAAAAAGAGGACGGUGGAAGACUUCAAUAAGUUUUGCAGCUUUGUUCUUGCCUAUGCCGGAUACAUUCCCCCUCUAAAAGAGGAGAGCCCCUGGCCACCGGCCUCAUCCACCUCUCCUGUGGGGGUUUCCAAAGCAGUGGGUGAAGACACCUUACAUGAAAGCUGGACAGGCAGUCUCCCUGACUGCUGCCCCACACACAGCUUUAUCCACAAAGGCCCGCCCCACAGCAGCAGUACGGGACUGAAGCAGCCAUCUUCAGACCACUCUCUGCUUGAAAACAUUAGGCUGAAGGACACACUCUGCCAGCGAAAGACACACAGCAAAGCUGACAAGAAGAGAGAGAAAAGGUUGAACUACUCUUUAGAGGGCAAAGGAGGAAAUGACCUGGCAGAGAGUAGUAUCAGACGUUGCCGAAAGUUGAACAAGGCUAAAGGAGGACUGAAGAAAGUGAAACGGUCCCCAAAGGCUGAGAGAGACUUUACAAGCUCCAGUCCUUCAAGUGGGGAGGAGCUUGGACUUGAGGAGGGCCUAAUGGAGCAGCCUGUGCCUUUCCAUGGGGGGGGACUUAAGCAGGAGUUUACAAGGGAGCGGGAUCUCAGUUCCAGUGAGACUGACACAUGGGUGGCUGAUGAGGACAUAAUGGUGGAGGCUGGGGAUGACUCAUGGGAUCUGAUCACUUGUUACUGUGGGAAGCCCUUUGCAGGGCGACCCAUGAUAGAGUGUGAUGAGUGUGGUGUGUGGGUUCAUCUCUCCUGUGCCAAGAUUAAGAAGAACAAUGUACCUGAUGUGUUCUACUGCCACCGGUGUAGGGACUCCCACAGCUCUUCACACAAAAAAGACCUGUGAGUGAGUGUGUGUGUGUGUGUGUGUGUGUGUUGAGGCUCUAGGCCUUUGCUUCCUUGCUAAAGACUUUUACCUCUCAUGAACAAAAGGCCAUCCUUCUGCAAAUGCACAUCAACAUAUCAUUUGAAUAUUAAAAAUGGGAAUUGUCACUCAGCUAAUAGUACUUUGUUAGUGUGCCUCACUUAGCAGUUUCAGCCAAUUGGUAGUUCUCUUACAGCAAGGUUCAGGCUGUAGUCCAUCUAUGAUUUCAAAGAUUGUUUUUGCUAUAUUGGGGUGUCUGAAAACUGUGAGCGUGAAUAAAUCACUACAUCUUUAAUUAUUUGUAUGAACCAAGGGCUUAUACUGGGGUUCUGCUCCCUGUUUCUAAAACCUAAUAUUUAGGACAUGCAUGUUAUGUCAAAUUUUUAACCACAUUGUAGUGUAUAGGAAGUUCUUGAUGUUCCCUGGAUAUCCUGCACUGCAUUUCACUAUAUUUCAGUAUAUUAUUUUGCCUGUUUAAUUGAUGACACAAAUUCCUGGGUACACUCCAGUCAUGCCUGCUUUCAUCAUAAGAACUGCCGUCAUAAAUGGAAUCGAAAAAUGUCUUGUCAACACCCAAGUGUAGGUUAUGAUUUUAUGUUCGGAAGAGGUGUAUGCACACAUCAGGUCAAUAGAAAAGGCAUUUUUCAGGUUGUGUAAAUUUUAUGGUUCAGUGUUUGUUUUGGGGGGGGGUUUAUGUACAGAAUCAUGGCUAAACUGCUCACAUUUAAUCAGCUCAGAAGCAUGUAGUUUGAUGGGUGUGUCAUCUUAUCUUAUUUUCAUCUAUGACAUGACUUAAUUAAAUUCUGCACCCUAGUUGCUUUUAAGUAAUGCAUUUAAGUAAUGUAUUUUAAUUAUCAUAGAGGCUAAUGCAGUGAACUUGAAAUCACAUUUCCCAAAUAUGUGGCAUGGUUACUAAUUUCCUAUUCCUAGGACUGGAACAAAAGUUGGCCUUACAGUUGUUCUCAUUGACUGACUAAUUUUUCUUCAGAAGUGUUUGUCAUAAUAAUAAUAAACUGGACAUCAUCAGGAGAGGAAAUUAAGAUGUAUAGCAAGCAGAGCUAGAAGGAUCAGGCUCCCUUGAGGGUUUUUGGUUUGUUUUUCUUCCCCCUCCUUUUGAGUGAUUGUAAUUUAUUUGUCAAUAUUGUGAUGUUUUGUUUGAGAUAUGAGAUUAAAGGUUAUAUGUUUGAUUUGUAUGUUCAGAAGCUGUUUAGAGUCAUUUUUGUUUAUCUGGUCUCAUUCACAGUGAAAGUCAUUUUUUCUUUAAUUCUGCUAGCAGUGUUGAAUGGGUCAGUCUCUUGUACUAUCACCAAACUCAUCUUACUAUAUUUAUGGUUUCCUCCAUGCAGCUCUGUGUACAAAUGUAAGACUAUAUACUGGACCUAGAAGAGUAAAUACUAUAUUUUUGUCCAUUCUCUUUAGUAAAGAUUUAAAUAAAUUACCUUUUGUUAAAGUGAA